AUGUCUCCGGAAGCUGCGCAAGAGCUCUCCUACACCGCGGACGACUCCGCCGCAAAUGCCGGCUCACCGUCAGAUUCGGCGUCGCCAGAACCAACCGACAAUGCGUCCACUGCCGACGGGCGAUCCGAUGACAAAUCCAAGAAGCGAGCAGCUCCCAAUGACGGUGCUGAGCCGCCACAUAAGGUUACCAAGAGACGUGCCGCUCGUGCCUGUGUAUCAUGUCGCGCGCGCAAGGUUCGCUGCGAUGUGGUUGAGGGAGCUCCCUGCGGAAAUUGCCGCUGGGACAAUGUUGAGUGCAUUGUCCAGGAGAGCCGCCGGAGAAAAAAGAAUCUCGUUACCGCCAGUAUCGUGGGGCAAGGCCAAUCAGCCGAGGCUCAGCUGCGCAAAGCACCGACGAACCCCAUCGCCAUCAACAGCGCCGACUUGCGAAGAACCAGCGGGUCCUCCCUGAUUUCGCCCGCCAGUCUCGACCCUUCGAGCGGUCUGCUUCCCAAUGCUGGCAUUGACGGCCAUGUGCCUCACAUGAUCUAUCAACGCUCUGCAUAUCGAAAUGAGCCCGUUUUACUCAGCAAAGCCCAGCUGUCAGAGGCCAGUCGGUCUUCCUGGGCGAGCACGGCCGGCUCCGUGAGCCAUGGCUCGUCUCGCUCCACGAAGAUGAUGAGCAUGCUCGAUGACACGGAGUCAAUUGUCCAGCUCCCCCCGUUCGUGCGCCCCUUGCCUAGUAAAAUCCCAGCCGAAGAUGUUCGCUAUCUACACGCAAAGGGUGCACUGAGCAUCCCUUGUCUCUCGCUGCAGAAUGCGCUUCUGCGUGCUUACAUCGAGUAUGUGCAUCCCUAUAUGCCACUCAUGGAUCUGGUUCCCUUUCUCGGCGUCAUCAACCGCUACGACGCCGCAGAGGGUCAGAUUAGCCUGUUCCUAUACCAUGCGGUCAUGUUUUCGGCAACCGCUUUUGUCGAUAUGAGACAUUUGCGCGAAGCAGGCUACGCUACUCGCAAGGCUGCAAGAAAAGCCUUUUUCCUGAAGACGAGGCUACUCUACGAUUUCGACUACGAAUCAGACCGAUUGAUACUCGUUCAAGGGCUUUUAUUGAUGACGUAUUGGUACGAGACUCCUGAUGACCAGAAAGAUACCUGGCACUGGAUGGGCGUGGCCAUCUCCUUGGCUCACACCAUCGGGCUGCAUCGCAACCCCGAGGUCACCAGCAUGGCCGUGCCGACCCAGAAGCUGUGGAAGCGCAUUUGGUGGUCAUGUUUUAUGCGCGACCGUCUCAUUGCUCUGGGUAUGAGGCGCCCGACGAGAAUCAAGGAUGAGGAUUUCGACGUGCCGAUGCUGGUGGAGAGCGACUUUGAGCUGGUGGUCCUGCCAGACAAUGUUGCCAUUAUCCCACCUGAAUGCACGUUGAUGCGCGAUGUAGAGAUGCAGCGGGAGCUUGCCGUCAUGUGCAUUGCCAAGGCUAAGCUGUGCAUUUGCAUUAGCCACAUGCUAAAGGCUCAGUACUCGGUUCUCAUUCGAGACAACAUGAAGCCAGAGAACACGACGAAUAGCACCAUGAUGCUGUUCCCCAACAAGAAACUGGAUAAUUUGGAUAAUAUCAAGGUUGUUGAUGCAGAGCUCCAGGAAUGGGCAGCAUCACUCCCAGCAUGUUGCCAGUACCGCAUGUUGGUUCCUGCAGACACCAAGAACGGUAGGGCUACCAUUGUUGUUCAGCGAAUGCUCCUCCAUAUGGUGUACCAUACGACCAUCUCUGCCCUGCACCGUCCUCAGUUUCUGCCAUCGUCUCCCAUGCAGGCGCCGACCGCCUCUCGCCAGGUGCAGGAAAUGUCGCGCCUCAAGGUGAAGGAUGCAGCGACGCACAUUACGGAUAUGGCUACAGAGCUGCACCAUCUCCGCCUGGAGAGGUACUUACCUACCACGGGUGUUACGGUGAUCCUACCUGCUAUGAUUAUCCAUCUCUUGGAGAUGAAGAACCCAUUGCCAGAUGCUCGCUCGCGGGCAACAAGAGGUUUCCGCCAGUGCAUGCGUGUCAUGGAGAAGCUGCGCGAGAUCUACGCUGCCGCCGACUAUGCCACUGGGUUUCUGGAUGCCGCUCUCAAGAAGGCGGCCAUUGAUAUCAAUGCUACAGUCGAACCGUCGACGUUGGCAAUGAUGAAGGAGGUUCCCCCUGAAUUCGGCACUCACACGCCGCCACCUGAAAAUGCCCCCUACAUGACCGCUUCCGAGUCGCUCUUCAAUCAGAAGCCCAAGGAGGUCCAGAAACCGAUGGGGCCUCCAGGGACAAUCAUUUCGACCACCCAUGGAUCCUCGACGGUCAAUUCUCCGCCGCAAACCGAUUUUGAUCCGUCCAAUCUGACUCCGAGUGUGAGCGGCGGAUCGGACGAGGUUCAUAUGGAAGUGGAUAACAUUAUGGGCGUCGAUUUCAUGCAAGGCCAUGACGAGUUCGACUGGAACGCGGUCGCCGGCACUGAUUUUGAUGUGGACCAGUGGCUGCAAUUCCCCCCUGAAGGAGUUGCCGGCACCGACGAGACGCUGAUGACGACCGCCUUCACUGGCGGUGAGGAUAAUACAUUUGGCUGGGUUUUCAACACAAACGUUGAUGGCACCAUCCCGGCGCUCCCCGAAACCUCUACUUGAGUCGAAACAAACAAAUAGGAGGAUCUGCUUUCUGAAGCAUUUUCUUAGAUAUUGGGAACGUUGAAAAAAAUAAUAGAUUAGGGAGAGGCGUCAAUGGGUGGCGUUUUGGAUAUGUUGUGGGAUAUUGCUACUACAAAAAAAGGGACAAGUCUCGGUUAUAGUUGACGGGCAUCUGCUGGCUGAUGUACUGAGUUUCGUUUUCUUGCGCAUUUUUCUUUUUCUCGUUUUUCUUUUCUCAGCCGUCCUUGUGGCCUGAAGACGGGCAUGAUUGAUUAGCUCUAUUUGUUGUUGUCGUUUACGAUGAUGAUAAUGAUAAUGAUGAAGGAGAGUGUUUCAAGACUGUCAGAUGCGAACCCCAGCAGGCGAGUCAUGCACGGUCGUUUGUUGUGCUGGUUGCUACGCUGUGAGCCGAGGAGGCUUUAAAAGGGGGCUUUAUGAAUGAAUGUGUUUGUUUUUAUACUGCGUCGGUAGAAUUAGCAGCGGCAAUAUGAUUUUGGUCAAGAGUGCUA